AAACCAAAAGAAAUGAAAUCUCUCUCACUCUCACUCACUCAAAAAGAGAAAGGGGAAAACAGAAUAGAGAAGUGGUGGCCCUUUCAUACCUUUACUAAUUACCACACACCACCCCACAUUCCCUCACCGGAGUUGCAGCGAUGACCUCCGCCACUAACCCAAACGGCGACCAUAAUUACCACAACCACAGCCACAGCCACCUACCACCUCCUCCGUCACACAACCACCACCACCGCUACAACCAACGACACUACUACCCUCACUCCUCCUCCUCCUCCGCCUCAAUCAGAGGCUGUUGCUGCUGCCUUAUCCUCCUCUUCUCCUUCCUCGCUCUCGUCGUCCUCACCGUCGUCCUCGUCAUUGUCCUCGCCGUAAAACCUAAAAAACCUCAGUUCGAUCUCCAACAAGUCGGUGUUCAAUACAUCAACCUCGCCACUUCCCCGGUGAAUACUCCGAGCACCGCCUCCCUAUCCCUCGCCAUUCGGAUGCUGUUCACCGCGAAAAACGACAACAAGGUAGGGAUCAAGUACGGCGUGUCCACCUUCAAUAUCAUGUACCGUGGGAUUCCGUUGGGUCGGGGCACCGUACCCGGGUUUUACCAACCGGCGCACAGUGUACGGCGGGUUCAGACGACGGUGACGGUGGAUCGGGUGAAUCUGUUGCAGGCGGAUGCUGCUAGUUUGGUGAGAGAUGCUUCGCUAAACGACCGGGUCGAGUUACGGAUCUUGGGUGAUGUUAAUGCUAAGAUCCGAAUCCUUGGGUUAACUUCACCCUCCGUGCAGGCAUCAAUUGAUUGUGCAAUAGCCAUAAGCCCAAGGAAGCAAGCUCUCACUUACAAGCAAUGUGGAUUCGAUGGUUUGCAAGUAUAAACUAACUCCCACAACAACAUAUUUAAUUAAAAUGCACUGAUUUUAAUUUGACACAAGUUGUGCACAGUUUGGUUUUAUUUUGUGUAAUUUUAAAAUGCACCCAUUAUCAAAUCGUUGAAAAUGGUUUGAAUAAUGGUUUGAGCUUA